CCACCACCCCAUCUUUAUAAAUCGUGCUUUUGUUUAAAAAAAAAUCAAGUUAGUGAAAGGAAAGUGGCAAAGAAGAGACCAGACAAGCCCUCGCACGUACAAAUCUGGCCAAAGAGAGAGAGAGAGAGAAAAGGAAGAGAAAAGAUUAGAGACACUGCAUGUAUAUCUAUCACCGCCGAAAGGAAGAAGGGAAAACGGAGGAAGAAAGCGAUCUCUACAAUCGUCAGCACAGCCUUGCCGGCCGGAUUAAGGGUUUGGAUUAAACUGCCCAAAAAAAACGAAGAAAGGAACAAGAAGCGAACGCUUGGGUUACAUUUUUAUGGAUACAUAUUCUUGGUUACAUUUCUCCUACUUUAUGCCGGUGGGUUACAAUGCAUGAUUGUAUCUGUGGGGAGCUCUGACCCAUCCCCCUGUAUUUAAUUACAGUAUUGUUGAAACCAAUUUACCGGAUCUUAUAUUUUUUUUAAAAAAUUAAAAAAAAAUAAGGGGGUGGCGUAUGCUACAGAUUUGUGCGGCUGUUACUGUGUUGUUGCCAUCGAGAACAGGCUGGAUUCAUGUUUUGCGGAUAUGUUUUUGCUGUACCUGGCUGGGUUUUAGCAGAUUUCUCUCUGGCGGAUCUUCGUCUCGCAUGUUCAGGACGAAACGAUCGGGUCUGGUCCGGCGACUUUGGCGAAGCCGUGCGUUGGGAGAGGCAGACGGCCAGACGGAUAAGGAGGGCGAUGCAAGCCGAGGAGGAGGAGGAGGAGGCGGAGGGGGCGGCAGCAGCGGCGGCAGUGGUGGUGGCAGCGGCGGCGGCGGCGGUGGGGGAUGCUGCGGGGGGAAAGCAUCCAAAUCCACCGUCUCGGACCCCGAAUUAAAAACCCUCACGCACUCGCUGCUGAAGAAGCUGAAAGAGAAACAGUUGGAAUUAUUGUUGCAAUCGGUGGAGAGCAAAGGGGGAGCCCGCACCGGCUGCCUCCUCUUACCCAAGAUGAUUGAGCCCAAACUGAGCAAACAAACUUACUCCUUGCCGGUACUGAUCUGCAAAGUCUUCCGUUGGACUGACCUGAGGAACUCUUCGGAACUGAAAAGACUUUAUUGCUGUGAAUCGUACGGAACGAAUAAUCCGGAUUCCGUCUGUUGUAACCCGCACCACCUUAGCAGACUCUGUGAACUCGAGUCACCCCCGCCUCCGUAUUCUAGAUUUCCAAUGGACUCAUUCAAACAACCUGCAGAUUUACCAGACUCUGUGCCUCCCUCGACUGAAACUGGGGGAUCUCAUUAUAUGGCCCCUGGGGGGCUUUCAGAUUCCCGAAUAAGUCAGGAGCUGGGAAGUCGGUCGCACUGGUGUGUUGUUGCAUACUGGGAGGAGCGGACUCGAGUUGGGCGCCUGUACACUGUCCAAGAACCCUCCCUCGAUAUCUUCUAUGAUCUACCUCACGGGAACGGAUUCUGCCUAGGACAGUUAAACUCGGACAACAAGAGCCAGCUGGUGACCAAAGUCCGGAGCAAAAUUGGCUACGGCAUCCAGCUGAGCAAAGAGCCGGACGGGGUGUGGGUCUACAACCGCAGCAACUACCCAAUCUUCAUCAAGUCAGUCACACUGGACAACCCAGACUCCAGGACGUUACUGGUUCACAAAGUGUUCCCGGGCUAUUCCAUCAAGGCUUUCGACUAUGAGAAGUCUUAUACCUUGCAGAGACCCAACGACCACGAUUUCACACACGAGCCAUGGUCUGGAUUCAGCAUCCAAAUUAGUUUUGUAAAAGGCUGGGGCCAAUGCUACACGAGACAGUUCAUAACCAGCUGCCCUUGCUGGCUGGAGGUGUUCCUCAAUAACCGAUGAGAGUGGUUUAUUAAAGGACUCGGAUUCCGCAGAGACGCUUUCAAUGAAAAGUAAUGAGAUUUAAUAAAAGAAAAAGUGUAUUUUAUGUUAUAUAUAAAUAUAUUAUAUUACUUGUAAAUAUGAAGACGUUUUAUAGCAUUAUUUAUGUAUUGUGCAAUGUGUAAACCAGACAAAUAAAGAUGCACUUUGCUUAAUAUAAAUGCAAAUAAGAUGAAAAAACGCCAAAAUUUAAAUAACACAAAAUUGGUGUUCUUAUGGGUGCUGAAACCAAGAAGAAUGUGUUUUUUUAAAUAGAGGAGUUUAUGUUCAAGUGGAAAAAUAAAAUUGUACACCUGAUUUAAAAAAAA